AGAGAUGCGCAAGUCGCGGGUCGAAGCAGCUGUUUUUGUUCUCCUGUGGGGUCCUUCUCGCAGGUUUGGCCAUCUGCAUAGUGGCCAUCGUCUUUCGCGCACUGGACCGAGAAUACAUGCCCUUCCGCUUCUUCCCCAGCAGCUCUUCUCUAGUGUUUUCCUUCUCGCCACUCCAUUUGAGGCGGGCACUACUUUUUUUGGGGUCGUCAACGUCAUCUCCUCCAUCUGAAGAAGAACAGAGUAUAACAAGUAACCCAGCACUUGUAGUUCCAGCAUCCAGAUCGACGACCUCCCCAUCAACACCAGAACCCAGCAGCACUACUGCUUCUUUCCUCCGGUCCUUCGAGAACCGCCUCGGGCUCAACCUCGACUGCAGUGGCUUCGUUCCCAGUGCCACUGCCACAGGCGUCGCGGUUCUGAUUCUCCAAGUCUAUUGUUUUUUGCUGUUGGCGACGAAUCGCAGCAACUUGCAGAAGGGCGAUUUAGAUCGGCAGGAAUUGUUGAGACAUCUAGACUACUACUAUGGGGACGAGGACGAAAGAGACCCAGGAGCUGCACUUGAUGAUGAAGAAAGUAACAUCCGCAGGAUCAGUGGAAGAAGUAUUAUGGAUCGAGAGGGGGACCACGUCGAUUUAGAAGGCGUAGAUGGUAACGAUCGUGGAGCCCUAGAAGUGGCUGAGCGUAGACAACUUCUGUUGUUGCGUCCUCGAUUGUCCAGUAGAAUUGGCAGUAGAAUUGACAGUAGUUCAUCUUCAAGUGAUGAAGAAGACGAGGAGGGCAAUUACAGCAGUUCGAGUGUAGCCUCUUCUAGGCGAAGCAGUCGAGAUCAACGUACUCGGAGCAGGAAAAGAAGUCGACGUGGAAAAGACUCAGAACAACAGCAGCAGGUAUUUCAUAUCCGAGACCCUCCUCCAGCGCGUGGCAGACCGAGAACUACGUUAGGAGGAAGACCUUCGGUUCCACCUUCAUUGGCAAGAAGUUCCAGUGGCCCUGCGAGAACGAAGAAGGCUAGAAAGAUGCAUCAAAUUGAAAUUCCACCCGCAACUCAUGAUCCAUCCGCACCAAUUGAAGACCGAGACCGUCCAUCCCAAGGACCUCCAACACGUGCAUCAGAAUAUUACACUGAUGCUUCGAUCUGAUGAAGACCAUAUGCCCCGCAUACUUUAUGAGUACUUACAUUAUGAUAACCUCACCCGCCACGCGCACCACACCCACGACGCCUUCGCACCCUCUUGUUCCAUUCAUAUUCCACACGCAUCAUUGAUCAUUCGUUUACUUUUCUGGCAUUUUGAUACUCAUUUUCCAUUUAACGCAAAGUCUUUACCGAUGAUCCAGUACGUAGCCUACGUACAGUGUCCUCCUACGAAGCCCGAUCCGGGUCUCCCAGGGCUUGAGCAAAGCUUAAAAUCCUCUUGUUCUCAAUCCUGACUCGCGUACGACAGUUCGGGAGCCGCAUUGAAAAGUCAGUUUCUAUUUCAUGGUUUCUAUUCCUCUCGGUGAAAAAGAAAAUCCAAAUCAAUCAUUAUUUAAGAGAUUCACAUGCACUUCAACAUCCAUGGCAAUUGUUUGUGGACAACUGUUGAAUGCGGACAUCCGGUUGCUCCUGAUGUUCAGUUCUUGAAUUUUAAUCUGACCAAGCCAUUACCAUGUAUGCCUAGGAACUUCAAUCUCAAUCUAAAUUUGCUUGGACCUACACUUUCCAACUGCGAUCAAGAACAAGAACAAUUACUAUGGUGAAUUCAAGUGGAGUGAGAAACUCUUCAUGUUAGUAGCUCCUGCGAUUUGUAGCUCAUUCCUGGUAUUCGCUUCGACUACACUCUUCACUGCACAAGGGCUCUACAUGAUUCAAUUGCAGGCAUCAACAUCACUCCCGGAGUGAGAGAGAAGCAAGUACCAAGAUGAUUCUCACCAAGAUGAUUCUCCGACGUUAUGAUGAAUGUUGAACAUCAACAUGGGACGUCUCAUCUUCUAACUGCCAACAUGACAUCUGGCCUCAACAAGAAGUAGC